AUGUUUAAAUUACUGAGUGGGAAGAAUAAGUGCAAAGGGGAUGGCGAUGGGGAAGUAGAUUUGGAUAAUAAGCCAAAAUCUAUUAUCCAGGAUAUGAGCAGUGACUCUGAGGAUUCGUCAUCUCCGAUAGCAACUUCACAACCUUCUGAAGUUAGUAAUGUAUCUUCCAAAGAUGUUCAAAUUGACAAUGUACUAACAAAUGGACCAGUAAAUACCGAGAUCACCGACUCUGAUAGUGGUAAAAAAAUGCCUAAAAUCAAAACUGCGGCUAAGAAGGCAGCUAAGCCUCCUAAAACUGCCAAGGGAUCCAAGGUUUCUAAGGCACCAAUUAAAAAGGCGUUAUCAGAUACAUCUGACAGCUCAGAAGAUGAUAGUUCAUCUGAUGAAUCAAUUGUAUUACCACCAAAGGGCAAGGCCGAGGAUUCGGAUUCGUCCUAUUCGGAAGACGAUAGCUCAUCAGAUUCAGAUGAAUCAGAUGAUAUUAUACCAUUAAAACCUACAAAACCAAUCAAAACUAAUACUAAAGUAAAAAGUGAAGCCAAUGGUAUAAAUGGUGGCAAGAAGAAUAAAAUGAGCCUAGACGAAAAUACGAUACCUAAAAAGAAGAUCAGGCUUUCAGAGGCUAAAAAUGCAUCUAUGAAGAAAGAUGAUAUGGAUUGUUUGAAAAAUAAAAAGGAUGAAGUUUUUUGUGGUGGCCUUCCAUUUAGCAUAACUGAAGACCAAGUGAGGGAUCUGUUUGAAGACGACUGUGGUGAAAUAGUUAAAAUCAACGUACUUGAUGGGAAAGGAAUCGCCUUUAUCAAAUUUACCAAGGACGAAUUUGCUGCUAAGGCAGUGGAAUACGAUGGCACUGAGUUUAUGGGUAGGAAGUUAAGAAUAAACUUAUCUUCGGAAAAGGGUAAAGCACAAACUCCUAGAACUAAUAGCAAUAAUUCAGGAACUGACAACCCACCAUCCAACGAGAUAUGUGUUAGGAACAUCAACUAUAAGACUACAGAAGAUACAAUGAGGGAAUUGUUCAGUGAAUGUGGACAAGUGAUAAGAUGUCACAUACCCGUGUACGAAGACACGGGCAAACCAUUGGGCCGUUGUUUUAUCUCAUUUGGCAGCGUAGAAGAGGCAUCAAAGGCUUUAGAAUAUGAUAAUACUGAGAUUGAUGGUAGGACUGUAUUCAUCACAUACGCCACCCCCAAGGGAGGAAGGGAUGGAGGCGGAGGUGGAUUUAGGGGUGGGAAAAGAGGAGGUGGAUUUAGGGGCGGGAAAAGGGGUGGUGGAUUUAGGGGCGGAAGAGGCGGCGGAUCUGGUGGUGGUGGGAGAUCAUUGAAAAUAACUCAAGCUAAUACACAGCAAAUUGCGGAGCCUGGGUCUAAAUCCAUUGUCUUUGAGGAUUCCGAUUAA